AUCACCAACUACGGCGGCUGCUGGGGCUUUAAUCACCAACUACUCCCACUGUUUCUCUGCUCUAGUCGCCAACUACGGCGGCUGCUGGGACUUUAAUCACCGCCUUGCUGGCAGCAGAAUCAGACAUUAUGGCUUCCGUGCUCUCCUUGUUAGGUGCUUUCACCAUCAUCCGUAGCACCAUCAGAGAAUUGAUUCCACAAGAGGUGCGAGCGUACUUAUGGAAUCUCACCCAGCGUUUCUCGUCCGAGUUCACACUGGUUAUUGAAAGAACCCACGGCAGCUCCAGCAACUCUCUCUUCAAAGCCGCUGCUAUCUACCUCGGCGGCCAUGUCUUGGCUUCUGCCACUGUUUUUGAUUCCACUGGUGGUUCUCCACAAAGGUUCCUCGUGGGGAAGAGCGAAAAUGUCAGAAAUUUUACUUACGCGCUCGACAAAAACUCCGAGAUUGUGGAUUUAUUUCGUGGGGUGCCCAUGAAAUGGAAAUUUAGAUUGGAUUUCAGCGCUACCACGCAGAUCGAAACGAGAUGGUACGAGCUAUGUUUUAACAAAAAGCACGCCGAGAUUGUGAAGAGCGAGUACCUUCCCCACGUCCUCGACACCGCCAAACGAUUGAAGGACCAAACCCGAACGGUGAAGUUCCACAUAAUCAGGCGGGACUGGUGGUGCCCGAGUGCCGUUAAUAUUGACCAUCCGAUGACGUUCGAGACUCUGGCCAUGGAUGCCGAUCUCAAGAAGAACAUAUUGGAUGAUCUCAAUAGCUUUAUCAACGGAAAAGAGUACUAUAAGAAGAUUGGCAGGCUGUGGAAGCGCGGUUACCUUCUAUAUGGUCCACCGGGAACAGGGAAAUCAAGCUUGAUUGCAGCCAUGGCGAAUCAUCUCAACUUUGACAUUUACAACUUAAAUUUAUCUGCUGUUAAAUCUGAUUCCGUUCUGGAGGAUCUGUUGCUCCAAGUCUCCAAUCGUUCCAUUAUUGUCGUCGAAGACAUUGACUGCACCAUCAAACUACAGAACCGCGAAGCAGGGGAGCAAGUUGAUAGCUUUCCUCGAGUCCAGGUGACACUUUCUGGACUUCUGAAUGCCAUUGAUGGUCUAUUGUCAUGCUGUGCAAAUGAAAGGAUCGUUGUUUUCACUACUAAUUAUAAGGAACGAAUUGAUCCAGCAUUGCUUCGAGCAGGUCGCAUGGACAGGCACAUAUGCUUGUCCUACUGCACGUUCUCUACUUUCAAGCAACUUGCAGCAAACUACUUAAACAUUUUCAACCAUGAUCAUUUUGGCCGUGUUGAAGAGCUUAUUGAAAAUGCUAAAGCUUCCCCUGCUGAAGUUGCAGGUGAAUUGAUGAAGAGCAAAGAUCCUGAAGUUUGUCUAGAAGGCUUAAUUGCAUUUCUGGAGAGCAAGGUAUCACAAGCACGAUUCCAAAUUACAUCUAUAGAGGAUAGAAGGCUGGAAGAAAAGAAUGGCAUUAGGCCAAAGAAGGAUACGGAAAAUGAGCACUCUUCCAACGCAACUACAUUCCUUGCUGUUGGUUGUGAUUCAGUUAGGGAGUAUAGAGUGAAGGCAGACUUGGCACUUAUACUUAAAAAUGUGUUUUUGAAACAUGGGAACAUUGUUGAGAACAGCUCCUUGAAUUCCAUGCAAUGCCUAUCAUCGCUGUUGGAGGUUGUUUGUGGAAUCAUUCAAAGACUACAAGCUGUUGAAUUCGAAGAAUUGACAGAAGUUGAACUUGAAUCAAUGAUUACUAGUGUUCGCGACCUCGAAUAUUUGAAGGUGGAAGUCGGUUGGCUUAAUAAAAGGCUAGAUGAGAUUACUCAGGCAUUGCCGCUCGCCAAGCAUUGCUCCUCCCUGAAGGAAGAAAGGGGUAAAAAUCUUCAGGACAUUGAGAAGAUGGAGAAAGAAGUGAAAGGCUGCGAGGACGAAUCCAAAUCCCUCAAAAUUCAGGAAACAAAGGCACGGACGGAGGAGCUAUCUGAAAAAAUCUCAAGCAUUGAAACCAAAUUCAACCAAAUUCGAGACGGACUACCUUGACCAUUUACUCCGUUUUUAAACUCUCACAUGUUAUUGAACUCAGAGCAUGUUGGUAUGGUCUCAUCAUCUGUUGUCAUCCUAUUUUAUCUUAUUUUCUUUAGUAUAUUGUAAAAGUAAUAAUAAUAAUAAUAAUAAUAAUAAUAAUAAUAAUAAUAAUAAUAAAUCUAUAAUAUAAAUUUUGUUUUAUU